CGCAGGCGCAGUGGCGCGGGGGGCGUGUCCGCGCGGCGGGUUUUCCUGCGGGCGGACGCUCCUCCAAGUGCAGCCGCGGUUCCAACUCAGCCGCCGCUUGCUCGCCUUGGUGAGACCGUCCUGCGGCUGAGGGCAAUGGCUGACAAAAGCCAGGAGGUCGGUGGCAUCCAUUUCCCUUUCCCCUUCCCACCCUAUCCUAUCCAGAAGGACUUCAUGGCGGAGCUCUACAAGGUUCUGGAGGCUGGCAAGAUUGGGAUCUUUGAGAGUCCAACUGGCACAGGCAAGUCCUUAAGUCUCAUUUGUGGGGCCCUCUCCUGGCUCCGUGACUUUGAACAGAAGAGAUUACAGGCAGAGGCUCGUCUCCUUGCACCCGGGACUGGCCCCACGUGUGGGCAGAACUCGCUCCCAUCUUCCUCCUCUUGCCAAGAGCCCUCUGACACCCCGAGGCCUGGCGGAGAACCUGACUGGGUCACCGAAUUUGUUCAGAAGAAAGAAGAAAGGGACCUGGUGGAGAGGCUGAAGGAGGAGCAGGUGAAGAGGAGGAAGCGGGAAGAGCGUCUGCAGCAGGUCGGCCAGGACGGAAGAAGGCUCAAGUUUGCAGCAAAGCGCACGAAGAAGGAGGAAGAGGAGACCGAGACUCUCCUGCGCCUCAGCAGGGAGAUGCUGGCUGAGGGGACCGGGCCGGAACGCCUGGAGCAGCUGGAGUGCGGGGAGGAGGAGCUGCUUCUGGCAGAGUACGAGAGUGAUGAGGAGAGAAGAGCCAGCAGAGUGGAUGAGGAGGAGGAGGAGGACCUGGAGGAAGAACAUAUAACCAAGAUUUAUUACUGCAGUCGGACACACUCACAGCUGGCCCAGUUUAUCCACGAGGUACGGAAGAGCCCCUUUGGCAAGGAAACCCGGCUAGUCUCUCUUGGCUCUCGGCAGAACCUUUGUGUGAAUGAAGAUGUGAAAAAGCUGGGUUCUGUGCAGCUUAUGAAUGACCGCUGUGUGGACAUGCAGAGAAGCAAACACGAGAAGAACGGAGCUGGGGAAGACAAGCCAAAGAGAAGGAGAACGAAAAUCCAGACCUCUUGCCCAUUCCAUAACCAUGAGCAGAUGCAGCUUCUCCGGGACGAGAUUCUGCUGGAGGUGAAGGACAUGGAGCAGCUUGUGGCCCUUGGGAAGGAGGCACGGGCCUGCCCCUAUUACGGAAGCCGCUUUGCCAUCCCUGCAGCCCAGCUGGUGGUGCUACCUUACCCAAUGCUGCUGCAUGCAGCCACCAGACAGGCUGCGGGAAUCAGGCUGCAAGGCCAAGUGGUCAUCAUCGAUGAGGCGCACAACCUGAUCGACACCAUCACCAACAUCUACAGCACAGAGGUCAAUGGUUCCCAGCUCUGCCAGGCCUAUUCCCAGUUACUCCAGUACAUGGAAAGAUACGGGAAGCGUUUGAAGGCCAAGAACCUAAUGUACAUCAAGCAGAUCCUGUACUUGCUGGAGAAGUUUGUGGCUGUUUUGGGAGGUAACGUUAAGCAAAAUCCUAGUACACAGAGCCUGCUCCAGACAGGGUCUGAGCUGAAGAGCAUCAACGACUUUCUCUUUCAGAGCCAGGUGGACAACAUCAACCUGUUCAAGGUGCAGCGGUACUUGGAGAAGAGCAUGGUCAGCAGGAAGCUCUUUGGCUUCACAGAACGCUUUGGAGUUGUUCUUCCGUCUCCCUCGGCCUCUCAGGAGAACCGCCAUCUCGACGGCUUCCAGCACUUCCUGAAGAGCCUGCAGUCAGGGCCUACUGAGGACUCCCUGGAGGAAGGCCAGGCCACAGCCCCACGGCCUGCCUCUCCACUGAUGCACAUUGAGGCCUUUCUGGCAGCUCUCACCACUGCCAACCAGGAUGGCAGGGUUAUCCUGAGCCGCCAAGGCAGUGUUGGUCAAAGCAGCCUCAAAUUCUUGCUCUUGAACCCAGCUGUGCAUUUUGCCCAGGUGGUGAAGGAAUGCCGGGCAGUGGUCAUUGCUGGCGGCACCAUGCAGCCGGUGUCUGACUUUCGGGAGCAGCUGCUGGCAUGUUCUGGAGUGGAAGCUGAGCGUGUAGUGGAGUUCUCCUGUGGUCACGUGAUCCCUCCAGACAACAUCUUGCCCCUUAUUAUAUGCAGCGGACCCUCUAACCAACAGCUGGAAUUCACCUACCAGAGGAGAGAGCUGCCUCAGAUGAUGGAGGAGACAGGCCGCAUCCUCUGUAACUUGUGCAACGUGGUCCCUGGAGGGGUGGUGUGCUUCUUCCCUUCCUAUGAGUACCUGCGCCAGGUACAUGCGCAUUGGGACAAGACUGGCCUGCUGGCACGUUUGUCUGUCAAGAAAAAGCUAUUCCAAGAGCCCAAGAGAGCAAGCCAGGUGGAGCAGGUGCUGAUGGCGUAUUCCAAAUGCAUUACGUGCUGCAUUCAGGCAGGAGGCCAUCUGACAGGGGCCUUGCUCCUCUCUGUGGUUGGAGGGAAGAUGAGUGAAGGGAUCAACUUCUCUGAUGACCUGGGUCGGUGUGUGGUGAUGGUGGGGAUGCCCUACCCCAACCUUAAGUCUCCAGAGUUGCAAGAGAAGAUGGCCUACUUGGAUCAGACCCUUCCUAGAACACGAGGUCAGGCUCCCCCUGGGAAGUUGUUGGUGGAGAAUCUGUGUAUGAAGGCUGUAAACCAAUCCAUAGGCAGGGCCAUUAGACACCAGAGGGACUUCGCCAGCAUUGUGCUCCUGGAUCAUCGCUAUGCCCGCCCUGCUGUCCUGGCGAAGCUGCCAGCCUGGAUCCGAGACCGUGUGGAGGUCAAAGCCACCUUUGGUCCUGCCUUUGCUGCUAUGCGGAAGUUUCAUCGAGAGAAGUCACACCCGAGUCUGGUGUAGGAUCCUCUUUUAUUCUCGCUGCUUGACUCGACCUUUGUGUUUGGCCUAAGAUGGUUAAUAGCAUAUGCAGACUGUGAAGUCUACACCAGCCUUCCAGAGGCAAUGGAUUCCAGUGUUGUGACUUACAUAGAAAAACCACCAUGACAAACCCAGUUCAUCCUGAAGGAACAUGGCCUGGGGCACCUCAUUCCCUGGGACCGAUUUUCCCCGCAGCACCUAGCUCAAUUUAGCUUUCUCUUGGCUUCAGGAGGCUGUGUAAGCAGAAGCUCUCUGCUCUCUUGUGAGGCAAGGCCCACCCUGCCAUCAUCCUGUCUAGAGACAGAGAGCUGUUCUUGGCCUUUGAAUCCAGUCUUAGCCUCAGAUGUCCAUAUUCAGGACCCUGCUGUCCACAGAGACUUCACAUUCAAGCUGUAUUGACUGGGUCUCCAAAAACAGGUGGAUCUCUCUUGUUUUCUGCUGCUCCUUCCUCAAGCCAGGGGACUUCUUUUCUUCAGCCAUCUGAGAAGAGACCAAUACCACUGCACCUACCACGGCAUGGGCAGCAAUGCCAGCAGAAUCAUAAGACUCCUCCAUGUGACUUUUUUAGAGUCCCUCUGAGUGAUACCAGGGCAUUUUUGGCUAUGGAGAAAUAUCCCUCACUCUGCAAUAGUGACCCCAGGUAACUCUAUUUGGGACUCAGAAAAAAUGCUCAACUCCCUCAGACAUUCUGUCUCAUUGCUGAGACCACCAGGGCAGGAGGACAGCCCAUGGUCUGCUGAGCCAUCUGCACCUGACAAGGCCACCCUUUCUCUACUAAAUAAAGGGCACUGUUCACAUGGGCUGAGGCCUGGA